AUGAUCGCGAACUCCAGCGAUCCCGGCUCCAAUUCCCUCGACUUGUCCUCAUCGAAAUCCGUAAACGAAACAGUUAAUGGAUCCCACCACUUCACCAUUCGCGGGUUUUCCUUGGCCAAGGGCAUGGGGCCGGGGAAAUACAUUCAAUCUGAAACCUUCAGCGUAGGUGGCUACGAAUGGGCAAUUUACUUCUACCCAGAUGGGAAAAACCCCGAGGAUUCUUCCAUGUAUGUAUCGGUCUUUAUUGCACUUGCUAGUGACGGUACUGAUGUGAGGGCUCUAUUUGAAUUGACGCUGUUGGACCAGAGUGGGAAAGGGAAGCACAAGGUGCAUAGCCAUUUUGAUAGGGCCCUCGAGAGUGGGCCAUACACUCUUAAAUACAGGGGAAGCAUGUGGGGUUACAAACGAUUUUACAGAAGGACUACUUUAGAAACUUCUGAUUUUUUAAAGGAUGAUUGUCUUGCCAUGAGUUGCACUGUGGGAGUUGUAAGAACUCGUAUUGAGGGACCCCCCGAACUGUACAGUGUUCCUGUCCCGCCAUCGGACAUGGGCGAAAAUCUCAAGUACCUUCUUGAUUCUGAACUUGGAUGCGAUAUAGUUUUCCAGGUUGGUGAGGAGACAUUCAAAGCUCAUAAGUUGAUACUUGCUACCCGAUCUCCCGUGUUUAGAGCCCAAUUUUUUGGAUUUGUUGGAAAUCCUAAUACUGACAAAGUAGAGCUUGAGGAUAUUGAACCUUGUAUCUUCAGGGCAAUGCUCCAUUUUAUCUACUCUGACAACCUUGUCGAUUUACAAGAAACUACUGGCUCAACAUCUACCAGUACUUCUGCAAUCAUGAUGCAGCAUUUAUUGGCUGCUUCUGAACGAUUUUGUUUAGAUAGGUUGAAACAGUUAUGUGAAGCGAAAUUGUGUGAAGAGGUUAGUGCUGAUACAGUGGCAACCACUCUUUCUCUGGCAGAACAGCAUCACUGUCCACAGCUCAAGGCUAUAUGUCUGAACUUUGCAGCAACAAACUUGGGAGUGGUGAUGCAUUCAGAUGGAUUCAAACACUUGGAACAGAGCUGCCCCUCGCUGUUGUCUGAGCUUCUGGAAACAGUUGCAUCAGUGGAUGAGAAGUCAAAUCUUAUGCCGAAUAAGAAAAGAAGUGGCAGCAGUAUCUUUGGGCUAGAUCUGGCGGCUGAUGGUGGUGUGGUCGAAUCUUUAAAUCCUAAUGGCAGGCGUUUGCGUAGGCGGGUAUAG